AGAGUGUGAUUGCAGUCCCAGGGGAGGGAGUUAGAGCUAGAACGCCAAUUACCAACCACAGGCUUCCUGCUGUGGGGAGCUGAUCCAGAAUUGUCUCUGGAAAGGAAGCGUGAGUCCUUCCUUCUUCUGAACUUCCCAAGUCCAUCCAUGAUUCAGAGAUACCGCCUUCUCCCUCUGGGAUUUUCUGUGUUUCUGGUAUUGAAUUGUUGUAUUUACUACUUUGUUGUCUUUCAAGAGCUGAUCAUUUUAAUUUUCCGUACAGAAGCUGGGGAAAAGGACUUUUGUUAGAUUUCGGAGAUGAUUUUGGAUCUUCUUUAAGCAUUUCCAGAGUCCUUGAGGACAGUAGCUCUCGUCCUGGAAUAAGUUUCUGCCUUUGACCUGCGUGGACUGCUUUCUCGGGCUUCGGAAUUUCUCCGCACCUACCUGUAGUGCGUGCACUUGUCUGAGUGAGAAGGUGGAGGAAGACUGAGCCGCACUGGGUUAAGCAGCUCAGAUCUUUUAAAAGCAGGAUUUAUAAAAAGCAUAAUUGAAUUUGUUUCACCCCGUGGAUUCCAGUGGGCCCGACAGCACAACAGGUUUGCAGAUUUUUUUUGAAAUUCUUUUUUUGUUUUCUUCCUCCCUCUGUCUCAGCAAAAGUAAGGCGUCUAUAUAGCAGGUUCAUGUUCAGUGGCUUGGCUUUUGAGCGCUACUGAAGACUGUAGGAUUUUCACACCUGGCCUUAGAACGCAGCAGGCUUUGUGAGGAAAGUGCAUUUAUAGUUACUUGAACGUGCUCAUUUUAAAAUCUGAUGCUUAUACAAGAACCUGAAGUUUCAUAGGAGUCUAGAAAUACCCCAGAUCUGCUCCACUCUGCUUGAUUCCCCCCACCCAGGGUGCUCAACGUAGAGCCUGUGACUUUCCCCCUAUCUUUUAUUCCCCACCCCUCAAGGAAUUUGAAAACGUGUUAGGAACAGUUCUUUGUUUUUCUUCUGAGUCCCAGAGAUUACAGACUCUAAGGUCUGGAUAGUAGUUUCCACAGCGCGUUGAGGGAAGCCAAGUGCUUGAUAUUCUCAAACUGGAGAAUAAAAUCUGGAAUCCCUGAGCAAAAAAGGAAAGUGGAAACUAAUUUGAACUGGGAAAUACCUGGAAAGCUGACCUCAUCGAGUAUCCCAAUAUGGGAGUUGGGAGAGGUUUUGGCAUUCAGAUUUACUCUGUCGGAUGUCAAAGAUAUAUGAAUUUAUGCCUAAUUUUACAGGUACUUUUGGUGGAACACAAAAAAAUAUAUUGAAGUUCUUUAAAAGUGUAUAAAUUCAGUAGGCCUAGAACCCUGGGCUCUGCUGAAACACAAUCUAGCAUGGACGUUGUAAUGAAUUCAUACUGUAGCCACCUUAGGCAUCCCUCCAGGUGUGGCCUAAUUAAUUUCCACUCCUCUCCUAUUAAAAAGAAAACCCCCUCAUGGUCUUCAGCCAUUUAAAAUGGACUGGUUUUCUGCUUAACAAGGGCCAUCUUCUGAGCUCUGAGCUGGAGCUCUGCCUCCUCACUUUGAUGCACUACUUAGCCUUUUCUCUUGGUUUUGGUUCCUCAACACUGGGUUUCGUGCCUCAGAAAUCGGAUACAUAUGGAAGACCAGCAGCAAGUGAUCUGACACACAACCAGUCCAUGCUGGCUCUAAGGCACAUCUGGAAAUUCCAGCGAGCAGUGGUGCUGUUUCUGUACCCACAGUGACGAUGGGAGAAAAUGACAUACCUGCCCCAGAAGUGGGCUGAAAAACAAAAAAAAACCUCUUCUCCUCCCAGUCAGGAAUGUCCCCUGUGCUUGGGAAUACACUGUAGAGACAGGAAGGACUAGAGUUCUGACUUGGCUUUCGGAAACUGAAGCACAGCGUCUUUCCCCUCCAUUUUCUGGAUCUGAGAACUUGCCUUUGGGAUGAGCUAGUGGAAGCAGUAUGCAUGGCCGAAGAGCUUUGAUGCAGCUGGUAGCAUGAGUGGCGGCCAGCAGCUGCAGCUGGCUGCCCUCUGGCCCUGGCUGCUGAUGGCUACCCUGCAUGCAGGCUUUGGACGCACAGGACCCGUGCUGGCAGCAGCGGUGGAGUCGGAAAGAUCCGCAGAGCAGAGAGCGAUUAUCAGAGUGAUCCCCCUGAAAAUGGACCCCACAGGAAAACUGAAUCUCACUUUGGAAGGCGUGUUUGCUGGUGUUGCAGAAGUAACUCCAGCGGAAGGGAAAUUAAUGCAGUCCCACCCGCUGUACCUGUGCAACGCCAGUGACGACGACAACCUGGAGCCUGGAUUCAUCAGCAUCGUCAAGCUGGAGAGUCCUCGAAGGGCUCCUCGGCCCUGCCUGUCACUGGCCAGUAAGGCCCGAAUGGCUGGCGAGCGUGGAGCUAGUGCGGUGCUCUUUGACAUCACCGAGGAUCGAUCAGCGGCUGAGCAGCUGCAGCAGCCGCUGGGACUGACUUGGCCAGUGGUGCUGAUCUGGGGUAAGGAUGCCGAGAAGCUGAUGGAGUUUGUGUACAAGAACCGGAAGGCCCAUGUGAGGAUUGAGCUGAAGGAGCCCCCAACCUGGCCAGAUUACGACGUGUGGAUCCUCCUGACUGUGGUGGGCACCAUCUUUGUGAUCGUCCUGGCUUCAGUGCUGCGUAUCAGGUGUCGCCCCCACCACAGCAGACCGGACUCUCUUCAGCAACGGACAGCCUGGGCCAUCAGCCAGCUGGCCACCAGGAGGUACCAAGCCAGCUGUAGGCGGGUGCGAGCCGAGAGGCCAGACUCAGGGACCUCCUGCCAGGGAGAUCCUUGUAACCUUUGGUUGGGACACUCUCGUUUGCUUCAGGAGCUCCGGGUCAUUUCCUGCCUCCAUGAGUUCCAUCGUACCUGCGUGGACCCCUGGCUACACCAGCAUCAGACUUGCCCCCUCUGCAUGUUCAACAUCGUAGAAGGAGAUUCAUUUUCCCAGGGCCUGGGAGCCUCUCCAUCUUACCAGGAACCAGGCAGGAGACUCCACCUCAUUCGCCAGCAUCCUGGCCAUGCCCACUAUCAUCUCCCUUCUGCCUACCUGUUGGGGCCUUCCAGGAAUUCAGGAGCCGGCCCCCCAAGACCUAGGCCCUUCCUGCCCUCCCAGGAGCCGAGAAUGGGCUCUCGGCAUCAACGCCUACCCAGGGCUUCACAUCUUCGGGUUCCGGAAGAACAGCAGCACCUGGCAGUACCUCAGCACCCCUACGCACAGGGCUGGGGGCUGAGGCGCCUCCGAUGUAGCUCUCAGCACCCCACAACUUGCCCAGCGGCCCUACGUCGGGCUAGGCCUCAUGACAGCAGCGGGUCUGGAGAAAGCUACUGUACGGAACGCAGCGGCUACUUGGCAGAUGGGCCAGCCAGUGACUCCAGCUCAGGGCCCUGUCAUGGCUCUUCCAGUGACUCAGUGGUCAACUGCACGGACAUCAGCCUGCAGGGCAUCCAUGGCAGCAGUUCGACCUUCCACAGCUCCCUGAGCAGUGACUUUGACCCCUUGGUGUACUGCAGCCCUGAAGGGGAUCUCCGAGGGAAAGGAACGCAACCUAGUGUGACCUCUCGACCUCGUUCCCUGGAGUCAGUGGUGCCCACUGGGGAGACUCAGGUUUCCAGCCACAUCCACUAUCACCGCCACGGCCACCACCACUACAAAAAGCGGUUCCAGUGGCAUGGCAGGAAGCCUGGCCCAGAAAAUGUCCCUCAGCCCAGGCCUACUGCUUCUCAGACUCAACUCCAACCGGAGCCAUCUAUCUUGGACCCGAAGUUGACCACGCCCAACCCGGCAGCUUCUUCAGUGUUCCCCAACACGCACCGGCCCAGGUCCCUUACAGAGCCAGCUCCUGGCCUAGCAGAAGCUGCCAGCCCCAACCCCAAUUCCAACCCCAACAGUCUUUUGAACUUGCAGAAAUCCAGCCUCCCUGUCCGACACCCACAGAGAAAACGGCGGGGUGGCCUCUCAGAACCCUUGCCAACCUCUCGGCCCCAGGACUUGACUGGGCACCCAGCUUGCCAGGUUUUCCCCCGUUACAGCCCCAGCCUAGCAUACCCUUGGCCCCCAGAGGCUCAUCCAUUGAUCUUCAGACCUCCAGGCCUGGACAAGAGGCUGCUGUAUGAAGCCCCAGGCCCCUGUUACUCGCGUUCACAGCCAGUGUGGUUGUAUCUGCCCCCCCGCCAGCCUCUGGGACCAUGCUCUCCUGGAGAGGGACAUUCCGAGUGGAGUUCUGACAUGCCAGAGGGCAGAUCAUGCCCUUAUCCACACUGCCAGGUGCUACCAGCCCAGCCUGGCUCGGAGGAGGAGCUUGAGGAGCUCUGUGAACAGGCUGUGUGAUGGGAGAUGACCAGACAUAGCUCCAACCACGGGUGUGCUCCAGACGACUCAGGGUUCUACCCGGCAAAGGGGUCUGCUCCUGGGAGAAGCCUCAGCAAACCUCUCUUUUUGCCGCACUUCCUGGGACCACUGGAAGAAGAGUGGUGAUGGUGGGUGGCAGGAGGUGCUGCUCCCUGCCCCUAGCUCCCAGGCUUGUCGGCAGAACACACCUACCGUGCAGAAGGUCUUGUGUCCAGCCAGACCGCCAGCCACAAUGCAGUUGUGGGGUGGGUCUGGAAAGGCUGAGUUUUUGACAGGAAGCUAGGGUGAAUGUCUAGGCGUCCUCAAGGUGCUGCUCUUUCCCCAGCCCAGCUGGGUCUCCUGCUGGGUCACCUUUGCCCCAGGCUUCAGGUUCACACAAGCCAAUGGGUUAGGCUGAGGGCAUGGCUGCCUCUCACCUCCUGUCAUGGCUUCACAGGGGCGACUUCAGCUUGAUCAGUCCCCGUCUUCACACAAGAACCAGGGGAUUUGGUGAGGCCCUGUCCUUAGGGAGGUCUCUGCACCUUCUCUAGCCAGUACCUGCCCUGGUGCUCAGGGAGGAGUCGUCUCCUUCCCUGUUCUUAAACUAAUCUUAAGUUGCAGGCUUCGGGAGCCAGGGUGUAGUGUUCGGUCCCAGAGGUGGGGACUUUUGACCAACCUGGGAUGAAUCUUUUGAUGAUCAAACUCCGCGUCACUCCAGCACCUCCAGUUCCUCUGAGGUAGAGAGCAGGAAGAGAGAGAACAGCUUCUCCUGGAAGCUCUCCUGUCUCUGAGUCCCACAACAGACAGAGGAAACCGACCAUCUGGGAAGAGGAGGAAUGAGAUGAAGGCAGGGAAAGCAAAACCACAGCUGAGCAAGGACAGAAUUCCUCUCAGAGUGAGUCUCAGAGCAAAGAUGGAGAAUGGCAUGUGACCUCGUGGGUUUGCAGGACCCAGAGGCCCACCUUCCCAGUGAAGCCAUACAACCCAGCAGAAGGUGUACACGUGGAAUUAGGGCAACAAGUUGGCCUGGGCAGCUUGUACCAAGUGGACAAGGGCUGAGGGGCCUCCUGGAGCUCUUCAUCCCAGGACAUCCUAACCAUUGUUAGCCCCUCAGGCAUUAUCCUUGCCUGGAAUGUGAAUGUGGGGGCAAAAUGGCCAUGGGAUCCUACUUGGGAACCUUCUCUCCUCAGAGUCAGUGAGGAGACUGGCACCCAGGCACCCACAUAGGUAUUUAUAUCUGAACCAGACAGAAAGAUGCUUGAAUCAGGCACUAUGUUGAGAAAUGUAUUUAUUUGCUAAUAUAUUUAUCCAUAAAUAUGA